AUGGGUAGCAACAGUGUAGUGCCGCCUACUGCAAUCCCGACAGUGGAUAUCAGUCCGUUCCUCGAUGAGAACGCCUCCCCAGAGGCUAAGCAGCAAGUCGUCGACGCAAUGCGCGACGCAUGCACCACCUUUGGCUUCUUCUACCUCGUCGGCCACGGUAUCCCCGAAGAAGAUCGCCGGAUGAUUCUGAAUUGCGCCAAGCUAUACUUCUCCCUGCCGAAGGAAGACAAGAUGGAGACGUGGAUCGGGAAGGCGAUGGGUCGCUCGUUCCGUGGCUAUGAGCCACCCGCACUGCAGGUGCACCAGGAGGGUCUGUUACCGGAUACAAAGGAGGGGUUCAUCAUCGGCCGGGAGACACCCGCAGACGCCCCGGAAGCUGGCACUUUCCACACCGGCCCUAACCAGUGGCCGAAGGCUCUCGCGGACGAAGACUUCCGCAUUCCUGUCAUGGAAUAUCACGCUAAGAUGCUCGAAAUGGUGAAUGUGAUCCUCAAGGUCCUUGCCCGUGGUCUUCCAGCGCACUGGGGCUGUUCGCCCGACGUCUUUGACGAGUUGACGGUUAAUCCUUCCGCCCCGCUGCGUCUUCUCCACUAUGCUCCCCAGCCGGUGAAGCAUGAUAGCCAAUUUGGCGUGGGCGAUCAUACCGACUUCGGCAAUGUCUCCGUUCUUCUCCAGGAGGAAGACACAGAGGGACUGGAAGUCUUCUACCCGCCAACGCAGACUUGGGUUCCUGUGCCAGUCAAGGAACAUUCCUAUGUGAUCAACAUGGGCGAUAUGAUGCAGAAAUGGACGGCCGGGUACUACCGGAGCGCGCGUCACCGUGUUGUCAAUCAUAACAUCAGGCCAAGGUACAGCGCACCGUUCUUCCUGAAUGGGAAUCUCGACCUCAAGUGCCAGGCUUUGGAUGGUUCAGGCGUUGAGACGGUGAUUGGUGAGCAUAUUCGGCAACGCCUGAUGGAGACUAUUGGGGGUGAGGCUGGUAGGAAGCUGGGCCUCUGA